AAAAAUCGAAAAAAUUACUACAUCUAUCAUUUAUUCCAUACUCGUCAACUUACCACAUAUAUUUUAGUUUUAUCAUAUAGUUUUUUGGCAGCAAGUAUGAUAAAUUAUGGCAUGCUAUUUAGUAUGGAAAAAUUACCCGGCUCAAUUUACACAAAUAAUAUUAUGCUUGGCUUAAUAAGAUAUGGUGUAAAUAUUGCUUCAGCAUUUACCGAUUACACACAACGAUGGUUUGGUCGAAGAGUAGCUCAUACAAUACCAUUAGCAUUAACAUCAAUUGGAUUUAUUAUUCAUUUCAUUAUUAUUUGUUCAGAUAACACUAAGUUGGAAAUUCUUUCACGAAUCGCAACACUAAUGGCAUUUGCAAUGAUGAGUCAGGUUUAUAUAAUAACCGGUAUGUCCGGAAAUGAACUAUUUCCGACACCAUUACGUAGUAUGUGCUUUUCGUUCCUACAAGUUGUUGGUCGUAUCGGUGUUGUUUUCGCUCCUCAGUUAUUUUUUCUGGCUGACCUUUGGACAGCAGCGCCUUUUGUAGCAUUAAUUCUAUUUGCAUUGUCCGACUUGAUACUCUAUCUCAUUUUCAUUCCGGAAACAAAAAAUCAACCACUUCCUGAACGUUUGUCAACUUUGGCCAAUCCGAUGUCGUCACAACUUCCGUCUGAACAACUGAUGAAUUUGUGA